AUGUUGGCAAAAGGUCAUGUUCCUCCUUCUGCGCCUAACAAGCCUCCUUCUAUAUUUGCUCCAUCAAAGUUUGAGAAUAUAGAUUUUGGGAGGAUCAAUUUUGAGAUUUCGCCCAAAAAUGGGUUUGCCCAAAAAGGCCAUUAUCCUCCAUCUGAGCCUAGCAAGGGAACGUCUGACCCUCCUCCUCUUCCUUCUCGUGGUUUGCCCAAUAAUGGCCACUAUCCUCCGUCUGGGCCUAGCAAGGGAACGUCCAAACCUUCUCCCCCUCCUCAUGGUUUGCCUAAUAAUGGCCACUAUACUCCAUCUGGGCCUAGCAAGGGAACGUUCGACCCUCCUUCCCUUCCUCAUGGUUUGCGCAAUAAUGGCCACUAUCCUCCAUCUGGGCCUAGCAAAGGAACGUCCGACCCUCCUCCCCCUCCUCAUGGUUUGCCCAAUAAUGGUCACUAUCCUCCAUUUGGGCCUAGCAAGGGAACGUCCGACCCUCCUCCACGUCCUCAUAGUUUUAUUCCAAUUAGGGACUAA